CUCUCACCGUCGCCACAUAUCUAAUGCUGUGUUUUUUCCAGGGUUUGAAAUAGGAACAGGAAAAUUUGUUAGCAGUAGAGUCCUUGCUUUCUGCUGGUUGUAGGGUUUGCCAUGAAGAACAUGGGGUUACAGCUUUUCCCUGGAUCUCGAGUGUGUGCCAGAAACCCAGAUGCAUUCAUGAAUUCCUGCUUCUGCAAUUCUGAAAGUGAAUAGUUGUUGAAAGGGGAAAAAAAAAAUCAAGAUGAAGUAACAGUCAAGAUUUCCUGUAGUUUCAGGGAGAUAAGAUUGCUGAUCUCCACCGUGAGUAGUUCUGUGUCUUCUCUAUGUGACAGAGAGACAUAGAGGUGGUGGGUGAUGCACCAGCUUGAAGAGUGAAGCUUCUUCAUCUGAUUAAAAAAAGCACCUGGGGACAAUAUUGGCCUCUGUGGGACUGAGAGAUCCUAUUUCUUAUUUAUGUGUGAACAGCACAGGGAAACACAGGAGAAGUAGGUAUCCUAAUGGUAAAUACAGCCCAAAUUGGAAAGAAAUGCAAGGUUAUUUCAAACCCUGAUUUGUUUCAAUGUGAAGUAUUUUCUGUCUUGCAAACUUUGUUUCAUUAGCUCAGCUAGGGGGCUUUUAAAGGAGUUGACAAAUCCUGGAUGGCUGUAGCAGUUUAGUAGCUCACUCAGUGUUUUGGUUUUGGUUUUUUUUAAUUCUUCAGAGGAGGAGAGUUCCAAGAGGCUGGAACGGUGUAAAGUUGAACACAGCAUUUUUUAUGUUCAGAUUUAAAAUCUGAAAAACUGGCUGACUUGAAUUGCUUGGGUCACUGUGGCCUCCUGGUCAUUAUCAUGUGUCCUCCCUCCCUUUUUUUUCUUUUUUUUUUUUCUUUGCUUGCUCUAAUACAUUAACAAGAAUCCUGGAAUGUAUCGUUUUUCUUUCUGCUUAUUGGCCAUCGUGCUGCUGACUCUGCUUCUCUGGGGAUGACACGAGCAUGCUUAUCUCUCUCUCUGUUGUAAUUCAAAACAAGUGCUACCGAUUUUUGUUGGGGCCUCGUACGCAAUAGUUACAAGGUUGAGGAACAGAACGGUGUCGCAAGGGGAUUAGUGACCUGUAAAAUCCCAAUAUCCUGCGUAGGGCAUUGAUCACUGAGGUUCUGUAGAUGUGUCAGCGUAUAAUUCACUAAGGUAUUUGAACUAUGCAAAAUAGAGGGUUUUUUAAGGUAGUUCAGUAUGUGCUGAAAAUCCGUGCUGCUGUUUAGCCUGGAGUUCUGCAGCAGUUGAAGAGUGAGCGUUUGCUCUUGCACAUUCUGGAAAUUUACAGGUCCAGGGUCAACCCCUCAUGGUCCAAGUGAGCGGAGGCCAAUUGAUCACAUCCACGGGGCAGCCCAUCAUGGUGCAGGCCGUGCCGGGGGGGCAGGGUCAGACCAUCAUGCAGGUCCCGGUUUCUGGAACGCAGGGGCUGCAGCAGAUUCAGUUGGUCCAGCCAGGUCAGAUUCAGAUUCAAGGUGGGCAGGCUGUGCAGGUACAGGGGCAGCAGGGCCAGACCCAGCAGAUCAUUAUACAGCAGCCACAGACUGCAGUUACUGCUGGCCAGACACAGACCCAGCAGCAAAUAGCAGUUCAAGGACAGCAGGUAGCACAAGCAGCUGAAGGGCAGACUAUAGUCUAUCAGCCAGUUAAUGCUGAUGGAACCAUUCUCCAACAAGUUACAGUCCCUGUUACAGGCAUGAUCACCAUUCCAGCAGCCAGUCUGGCUGGAGCGCAAAUUGUCCAAACGGGAGCCAACACCAACACGACCAGCAGUGGACAAGGGACUGUCACCGUGACGCUGCCAGUUGCUGGAAACGUUGUCAAUUCAGGGGGAAUGGUCAUGAUGGUCCCCGGAGCAGGAUCGGUACCAGCUAUCCAGAGGAUACCUCUGCCUGGAGCAGAAAUGCUGGAAGAAGAGCCCCUGUAUGUAAAUGCCAAGCAGUAUCACCGCAUCCUCAAGAGGAGACAGGCACGUGCGAAGCUUGAAGCAGAGGGAAAAAUCCCCAAAGAAAGAAGGAAAUACCUGCAUGAAUCUCGGCACCGUCAUGCCAUGGCCAGGAAGCGGGGAGAAGGUGGACGUUUCUUCUCACCAAAGGAAAAAGACAGCCCUCAUAUGCAGGAUCCAACUCAGACCAACGAAGAAGCAAUGACACAGAUGAUCAGAGUCUCCUAACCACUGCUUCAAGAAAAAAAGCAACUGAAUGGAAUUCCCAUCCCUCCUGCAAGUCUGUCCUUCCCUUCCAGUCUAUCAAGCAAGUCUUUCCAUGGGACAAUCGCUGUAUCACAGCCUCCCCUUUUCUACAGAACAAACACCACGGUUUCAGUGUGUGGUUGAGAUUUUAAACGCAGUUGACUCAACAAAUGGGAACUUACCAACCUUCUUGGUGUAUUCUUCUGAUCCAGCGCAGGGAUUUCAGAGUCUGCCUGCUCAUGCCUUUCUUUUGUUUUUAAACAUCUCUCCUGUUAAGAUUGGCCGUGAGUGAGAGCGUGCCCCUGCCUCGGUGAUCAGCAAUAACUCUGCCGUGCUGAAGCAGGGCCAGCAAAGACCUCUUGGACUUCAGCUCUUCUGUACAGAGACAUAAUCCAGUUUUGAGCCACCAGCUCUGGCCUGGCUGCACCACGGUACUUUGUUUUCCCAGCAGAGACUUGUUAUUUACAUCCACUCCUUACACCUUCAGGAUUUAUUGUCAGCUGAACCGGUCCCUGUCAUUGCGUCUGCGCUUCUGAAACUGGCGGAAACUGAAGGGGGUUCUUUUUCAGUUCUACCUUGUCAAAUAUGUAAACAGCAAGCUCUUCCCUGGGAAAACUUCAGCCAUCCAGUCACGAUGAUAGAAAUAUUGCAAGAUGAUUGCAGGACUUGAUAUAUUGUAUAUCCGUUCCAAGAAGGAAGAGGGUAAUGUGAGGAUAAGGAUUUAAUUAGGAAAAGCAAUGUCUGGGUGUUUUUUGGCAUGUUUAUUGCCAGUAGUUGUUGCUUUAGAAGAAAGUGGAUGCUAGUAUGAAAAGGAUUAGAACUUCUAAUUGAAUCUCUUCCAAAGGAUUUUGUUGGGGUUUUUUUAAUCUUCCUAACCUGCCAGUCCACUGCACGGUUCCUCCAACAGACAUAAAAUCUGUGAUCUCAGACUGAUAGCACUUGACUGUCUUUGGGAUGGUGUUUCUUGAUGCCUGUUGUAAAUUGGUUCCACAGUUCUCUUGUUCUACACAGUGAGAGAUUGUUUCAUGACAGCAGAAGCGUAGGGCAGCUCUCCUCAGCUCAUCCCCAUGUAACUGAAGGACUGUUAGACAAAUGAAGGCAGAUAUUGAUGAACCUUUCAGGCUUUUUAUAGACUGUUCUCUUUAAAUAAAAAAAAGUGGCACUUAA